UAUUUUUGAAAUUGAUCAAUCGAAAGACGAUUCAACAUUUAUACCCGAUAUCGAGUCAAGCUUAAAUGAAUCAAUUGACAUCAACUCUGUUGUUGAAAAAAGUACCGCUAACUCUAUAGAAAAACUGCUAUCUACAGCAGUAGCUCCAGUUCUUCAUGAAUUAGAUGUACCCGUAUCUGGAACGAAAACAAAAAACAUUUUGCUGUUUCUGUUUUGAACUAAAGGUAGUUCCUAGUCGUCACUAUCGAGAUGCUCAUGCUAAUGAACCAGAAGUUAAGUACUUCCUUGCCCUAGAAAAAGUAAAUUCAGCUGCCAGGAAAGCAGCAAUAGAAAAAUUACGACUCCGAGGUAAUAACAUGUAUAAUUUAAACAGAGAUUUCAACCAAGGGAAUCUCCUUGUCUCUCGUCAACCUCGUCAAACAUCGGGGGCGAAUGCUAUAGAUUAUAAGCCUUGUGCUAAAUGUGGACGUUGGUUACAGAAUUUAAAACGACAUAAUUGCCCAGAAGAAAAAGACCAUCAUGAAGAUAGCUCUAAUUUAAUUAGAUCAAAAAUAAUGAUGGGGCAAAUUCACCGAACGCAAAUGAAUUAACCAGAAAAAUUCUCGCAAUUAACAAUGACGAUGAGAUAUCAGAAAUUAUUCGUUACGACCCUUUGCUGAUAGUGUUUACGAACGAUUUGACUGAACGAUAUACCAACCAGCAUCAUCAUAAUAUGAUACGAUCUCGUUUGAGAAUGCUGGGAAGUAUAUUGCUGAAAGUUAUGGAAUUUAACGAAGAUGUAUUUAAAAAUGGUAGAAUUAAUCAACAUCACAACCCAGUAGACGUCAAAGGUUUUGCUGAUAUUCUUGAUCCGAGACUCUAUGACAAUAUGAUCAUUGCAGUUCAAGUGAUUGUUGGCGUAAACAUAGAAACAAGUGAGUGUAGAGCUCCUUCAACUGCUACUACUGCGGGUACAUGGAUUACGAAAGUAGCUAAAGUUUAUAAAAAGGAGCUGAUAAAAAAUUAGACUUCGGACGAUGUGAGAUUGUGAAAUAUUUUCUGGAAGUCCACGAAGUAGAAUUUCCUACUCGAAUCAAUACACUGGCGAGAAAUGUCCAAACAAAGCAAAAAGGUACAAGCAAAACCUCUUCCAACAAUGGAAGAUAUAAACAGUUUCAGAAAUUAUAUUGAAGCCUGUCUGGUUUCGGCGAUCGAAUCAUUGACUGCAAGAUUUAAGUAUUAUGCAUGGAAAAAAUUGUCUCAAUGUACUCUUAUAUCUAUUAUGCUAUUUAACCGUAAGCGACCAGGAGAAUUAGAAAGGAUUUGUCUGGAUGACUAUAAAAGGGCUAAAAAAUUCGAGGAAACCAAUAAAGAUGAAUAUAAUCAAUUAUCAAGUCAGAAUAAGAGACUAGUCGACGAAUACUUGCGUAUUGAAUUCAGGGAAGUGGGUCGAGAAAUACCAUUACUCUUAUCAACCAGCAUGCGUUCUUUUAUCGAUAUUAUAUUAUCACAUCGAAGUGCAGCCCAAAUUCAUCCUGACAAUCCGUUUAUUUUUGCUUUGCCAGGAUUUGAUGGUACGCGUUACAAGCACCUAGAAGCAUGCGUUUUGAUGCGCAAGUUUAGUGAAAAAUGUGAGGCGGUGUAUCCUGAAAGAUUGCGAGCUACAGAACUUCGCAAACACUUUGCUACGACUGUGGCAUCUCUUAAAAUAGAUGAGUGUCAGAUAUAUGAUGUAUCAAAUUUUAUGGGUCACGCUGAAAAAAUUUAUCGCGACCAUUAUCGACAGGCUGUUGUAACUCGGGACGUUUGUGGUGUUUCCCAAAUUUUGGAGGUUGCGUCAGGGGUAAAUAUUAUGAUACGGCGUGAUCAAAGCAGGUCUACAUCUGAGCCUACAUUCCAGAAACAGGCUAAAGCUAAUGAUACUGACAAUGACGACCAGAAUGCCUUUUUAGAUAAUAUGCCACACCAUGAGGAAGUUAACAGUUCUGAUUCAGAAAAUUUCCAUGACACAACUCGUGUCAAAAAUUUAACGAGGAGAAAACGUAAAAUAUUAAGCUUUGAAUUAUUAGAUCGACAACCUAGCGAUGCAACUUCAAAUUCUGGUGAGAGCAUGAAGAAAAAAUCAAAGACGGAUGAUUUAGUGAAGGACAAACAAAAGAAGGUGAAUACAAAAAAACAUGGUCUGAUACGGAAAAAAAAGAUUGUGUUUGACACAUUUGGAAAUUCUAUUAAAGCUUUGAUACUUCCCUCUGGAAAGCUUAUGAGACAAUGUCUUAAAAGAUAA